AUGUCAUUUUCUCCAAUUCCAAAUACUACAUCAACCACCACCACUUCCUCACCAAACACAUUUUCUUCAUCACCAAAUAAACAUUUUAAUAAUCCAUCUUCAAAUUCUCAUCGUAAAUCAAUACUACCUUCGUCUAUUUUAUUACAAGUGAACGAAGCUGAAGAAGAAAGAGAUGAAGUUUCAAUUAGAUCUGGAAAUAGUCGAGUAUCUUGUUGUAGUUACAAUUCAACUUUAAGUUCGAUGAGUGGAAAUAGUGAAAAUUCAUUACUAACUUGGGAAACAUUAUUCAUUGGAAAUGAAUCAUUUGAUAAAAAUUCAAACAAAUGUUCUGGAAGUCGUGGUAAUGGAAUGGCAAUUGAAGAUUUAAUUCAAAGAUUAACAAUUGGUGGUCAAUAUGGAACAGAUGAUGAUCCGUUUAUGGUAACGUUCUUUGUUUUUUAUCGAAAAUUUAUGAGGCCAAGAGACGUAUUAUCAAGAUUAAUGCAAAAAUUCCAUGAGUGUGAAAAAGAUAUUAGAGAUAAUAGGAAUACUACACAUGAAAAAAUUUGUAACAUUUUGUAUCAUUGGAUGACACAACAUCCAAAUGACUUGAUACAUCCACAAACAAGAAAUAUGUUACACGAAUUUCUCAAUAUCAUCACGAAUUGCGCACAUCUUUCCUAUUAUGCUAUAAUACUAGAACGUUUAGUAAAUGGUGGCCUAAAAACUAAAGCUUCAAAUAGUGCUAAAAAAGAUAGUGGAUUUGGUGGAUGGAUAUUUAACGGAGAUCAAGAAGGUUAUUUAUCUGAUAUGGUAAUAACUGAUGAGAAUACAAGUAGUGAUGCUGAAUCGGACCAAAAAUCAUCAACAAGUCGUCAUCAUAGAAGGGCUGCCAGUGACUUAAGUCAUGAAUCAAGAGGAAGAAAAAAAUUAUCUUCUUUGUCAAGAUAUGUCAGUACUAAAUACAAUAAUAGGUUUAACCCAUCUAAAACUAUCGAAAGAAAAUCACGUUCACCUUUAAAAAAAGUUUUGAGCACUGAUAAUGAUGGCCAAAUAUCAUCAUCAAUGAAAAAUCUUUCUCGAUCACUUCCAAGAUCAAUGACAUUCAAAAAUACACCUGCAAUUUCCAUAACACCCCCACAAACACCUCCAACCACUUUAAUAUUACCGCAAAUUCGUCAUCAUAGAAGGGCUGCCAGUGACUUAAGUCAUGAAUCAAGAGGAAGAAAAAAAUUAUCUUCUUUGUCAAGAUAUGUCAGUACUAAAUACAAUAAUAGGUUUAACCCAUCUAAAACUAUCGAAAGAAAAUCACGUUCACCUUUAAAAAAAGUUUUGAGCACUGAUAAUGAUGGCCAAAUAUCAUCAUCAAUGAAAAAUCUUUCUCGAUCACUUCCAAGAUCAAUGACAUUCAAAAAUACACCUGCAAUUUCCAUAACACCCCCACAAACACCUCCAACCACUUUAAUAUUACCGCAAAUGUCAUUUUCUCCAAUUCCAAAUACUACAUCAACCACCACCACUUCCUCACCAAACACAUUUUCUUCAUCACCAAAUAAACAUUUUAAUAAUCCAUCUUCAAAUUCUCAUCGUAAAUCAAUACUACCUUCGUCUAUUUUAUUACAAGUGAACGAAGCUGAAGAAGAAAGAGAUGAAGUUUCAAUUAGAUCUGGAAAUAGUCGAGUAUCUUGUUGUAGUUACAAUUCAACUUUAAGUUCGAUGAGUGGAAAUAGUGAAAAUUCAUUACUAACUUGGGAAACAUUAUUCAUUGGAAAUGAAUCAUUUGAUAAAAAUUCAAACAAAUGUUCUGG